ACAUGAACAUGGAACUACCCUGCAAACAGGCAGCUUUCCCUAAGAGAAAUUUAAGUGCACAGAGGUAGGGAUGGGCGCCCUGAGUGCAGACAGGGUAAAGAUAUGAGACAUGGAAACUGCUUUUAAGAGGAAAAUAUCCAGGAGGCUGGGAUAUGAUUAGGCAAUGCAAGGAAGGUUAAAGCUCCACAGUUUCUACUUCUUAAAGAUUAAUGAACCUCAUGAAAUAAAACUGAAGUCAUGGAGCAAAAUUAACACUGUGCUUGAAGAAGGAAAAUCUUUUAUAGAACAGUAGGAGGGGUAUCACUGAGAAUGUUCUUGUCUUGUCAUUAUCUCCUGCGCUCUGAACAGGACUCCAUAGCCAGGAACCGCAGAUGCCCAACAGCAGCUCCAUCAGUGAGUUCCUCCUCCUGGCAUUGGCAGACACGCGGCAGCUGCAGCUCCUGCACUUCUGGCUCUUGCUGGGCAUCUACCUGGCUGCCCUCCUGAGCAAUGGUCUCAUCAGCACAACCGUAGCCUGCAACCACCGCCUGCACACCCCCAUGUACUUCUUCCUCCUCAACCUCGCCCUCCUCGACCUGGGCUGCAUCUCCACCACUCUCCCCAAAGCCAUGGCCAAUGCCCUCUGGCACACCAGGGCCAUCUCCUACGCAGGAUGUGCUGCACAGGUCUUUUUCUUUGUCUUCUUCAUCUUGGCAGAAUAUUCCCUUCUCACAGUCAUGUCCUAUGACCGCUACGUUGCCAUCUGCAAGCCCCUGCACUACCGGAACCUGCUGGGCAGCAGAGCUUGUGCCACCAUGGCAGCAGCUGCCUGGGGCACUGGGCUUCUCUAUUCCCUGCUGCACACUGCCAGUACAUUUUCCCUGCCUCUGUGCCAAGGCAAUGCUGUGGAUCAGUUCUUCUGUGAAAUCCCCCAGAUCCUCAAGCUCUCCUGCUCCAAAUCCUAUUUCAGGGAAGUUGGGCUUAUUGUCUUUAGUGUCCUUGUCUUAUUUGGAUGUUUUGCUUUCAUUCUCUUCUCCUAUGUGCAGAUGUUCAGGGCUGUGAUGAGGAUGCCCUCUGAGCAGGGGCGGCACAAAGCCUUCUCCACGUGCCUCCCUCACCUGGCUGUGGUCACCCUGUUUCUCAGCACUGCCUUUUUUGCCAAUCUGAGGCCCCCCUCUCUUUCCUCCCAAGCCCUGGAUCUGACGAUGGCAGUUCUGUACUCGGUGGUGCCUCCAACCCUGAACCCCCUCAUCUACAGCAUGAGGAACCAGGAGCUCAAGGAUGCAGUAAGGAAAAUGAUAGCAUGGACUCAUUUCAGCAGGGAUAAACUCCUUAUCUCUCUCUAA